AUGGUGUUUCUGUCCAGUGGCUCUUCCCUCUGUGUCACAGGUGGCUGUUCCUUUGAUGAGCACUACGGCAACUGUGGUUAUAGCGUGGCCCUGGGGACCAAUGGGUUUACGUGGGAGCAGAUUAACACGUGGGAGAAACCAAUGCUGGACCCAGCGGUGCCCACAGGAUCCUUCAUGAUGGUGAACAGCUCUGGGAGGGCCUCUGGCCAGAAGGCCCACCUCCUCCUGCCAACCCUGAAGGAGAAUGACACCCACUGUAUCGAUUUCCAUUACUACUUCUCCAGCCGCGACAGGUCCAGCCCGGGAGCCUUGAAUGUCUAUGUGAAGGUGAACGGCGGUCCCCAGGGGAACCCUGUCUGGAACGUGUCUGGGGUCGUCACCGAGGGCUGGGUGAAAGCAGAGCUUGCUAUCAGCACCUUCUGGCCACAUUUCUACCAGGUGAUAUUUGAAUCCGUCUCUUUGAAGGGUCAUCCUGGCUACAUCGCUGUGGACGAGGUCCGGGUCCUUGCUCAUCCAUGCAGAAAAGCACCUCACUUUCUGCGGCUCCAAAAUGUUGAGGUGAACGUGGGGCAGAACGCCACAUUUCAGUGCAUCGCUGGUGGGAAGUGGUCUCAGCAUGACAAACUUUGGCUCCAGCAAUGGAACGGCAGGGACACGGCCCUCAUGGUCACCCGCGUGGUCAACCACAGGCGCUUCUCAGCCACGGUCAGCGUGGCCGACACCGCCCAUCGGAGUGUGAGCAAGUACCGCUGUGUGAUCCGUUCCGACGGUGGUUCCGGUGUGUCCAACUAUGCCGAGCUGAUUGUGAAAGAGCCUCCCACACCCAUCGCCCCCCCAGAGCUGCUGGCCGUAGGGGCCACAUACCUGUGGAUCAAGCCAAAUGCCAAUUCUAUCAUCGGUGAUGGCCCCAUCAUCCUGAAGGAGGUGGAAUAUCGCACCACCACGGGCACUUGGGCCGAGACCCACAUAGUUGACUCUCCCAACUAUAAGCUGUGGCAUCUGGACCCUGACGUGGAGUAUGAGAUCCGGGUGCUGCUCACACGACCAGGGGAGGGAGGCACGGGGCCACCAGGGCCUCCCCUCACCACCAGAACCAAAUGUGCAGACCCCGUGCACGGCCCGCAGAACGUGGAGAUUGUGGACAUCCGCGCUCGGCAGCUGACGCUGCAGUGGGAACCGUUCGGCUACGCGGUGACCCGCUGCCACAGCUUCAACCUCACCGUGCAGUACCAAUACGUGUUCAACCAGCAGCAGUACGAGGCUGAAGAGGUCAUUCAGACCUCUUCCCACUACACCCUGCGGGGCCUGCGCCCCUUCAUGACCAUCCGGCUGCGGCUGCUGCUGUCUAACCCCGAGGGCCGGAUGGAGAGCGAGGAGCUGGUGGUGCAAACAGAGGAGGACGUUCCAGGAGCUGUUCCCCUAGAAUCCAUCCAAGGAGGGCCCUUUGAGGAGAAGAUCUACAUCCAGUGGAAACCUCCCAAUGAGACUAAUGGAGUCAUCACACUCUAUGAGAUCAACUACAAGGCUGUUGGCUCACUGGACCCGAGUGCUGACCUCUCCAGCCAGCGGGGGAAAGUCUUCAAGCUCCGGAAUGAAACCCACCACCUCUUUGUGGGUCUGUACCCGGGGACCACCUACUCCUUCACCAUCAAGGCCAGCACAGCAAAAGGCUUCGGACCCCCUGUCACCACUAGGAUUGCCACCAAAAUUUCAGCUCCGUCGAUGCCUGAAUAUGACACAGACACCCCACUGAAUGAAACAGACACGACCAUCACGGUGAUGCUGAAGCCCGCUCAGUCACGGGGAGCCCCUGUCAGUGUUUAUCAGCUGGUUGUCAAGGAGGAGCGACUUCAGAAGUCACGAAGGGCAGCUGACAUCAUUGAGUGCUUUUCAGUGCCUGUGAGCUAUAGGAAUGCCUCCAGCCUUGAUUCUCUACACUACUUUGCUGCUGAAUUGAAGCCCGCCAACCUGCCUGUCACCCAGCCAUUUACAGUGGGUGACAAUAAGACAUACAAUGGAUACUGGAACCCUCCUCUUUCCCCUCUGAAAAGCUACAGCAUCUACUUCCAGGCACUCAGCAAAGCAAAUGGAGAGACCAAAAUCAACUGCGUUCGCCUGGCUACAAAAGGUGCCUCCACUCAGAAUUCUAACACUGUGGAGCCAGAGAAGCAGGUGGACAAUACCGUGAAGAUGGCCGGUGUGAUUGCUGGCCUCCUCAUGUUCAUCAUCAUUCUUCUGGGCGUCAUGCUCACCAUCAAAAGGAGAAGAAAUGCUUAUUCCUACUCCUAUUACUUGAAGCUGGCCAAGAAGCAGAAGGAGACACAGAGUGGAGCCCAGAGAGAGAUGGGGCCUGUGGCCUCAGCUGACAAACCUACCACCAAGCUCAGCACCAGCCGCAAUGAUGAAGGCUUCUCCUCUAGCUCUCAGGACGUUAAUGGAUUCAAUGGCAGCCGUGGGGAGCUGUCCCAGCCUACCCUCACGAUCCAGACUCACCCCUACCGGGCUUGCGACCCCGUGGAGAUGAGCUAUCCCCGGGACCAGUUCCAGCCUGCCAUCCGGGUGGCUGACCUGCUACAGCACAUCACCCAGAUGAAGAGAGGCCAGGGCUACGGAUUCAAGGAGGAAUAUGAGGCCUUACCAGAGGGGCAGACAGCUUCGUGGGACACAGCCAAAGAGGAUGAAAACCGCAAUAAGAAUCGAUACGGAAACAUCAUCUCCUACGACCAUUCCCGGGUGAGGCUGCUGGUGCUGGAUGGAGACCCUCAUUCCGACUACAUCAACGCCAACUACAUUGAUGGAUACCAUCGACCUCGGCACUACAUUGCAACUCAGGGUCCAAUGCAGGAGACUGUCAAGGACUUUUGGAGAAUGAUCUGGCAGGAGAACUCGGCCAGCAUCGUCAUGGUCACGAACCUCGUGGAAGUGGGCAGGCACCCAGCGGAACACACUGUGGGAAAUGCCACUCUAGCCCGCGCGGCGUCCCCCGGAAUGGUGAAGUGUGUGCGAUACUGGCCGGAUGACACGGAGGUCUACGGGGACAUUAAAGUCAGCCUGAUUGAGACAGAGCCCCUGGCGGAGUACGUCAUACGCACCUUCACCGUCCAGAAGAAAGGCUACCACGAGAUCCGGGAGCUCCGCCUGUUCCACUUCACCAGCUGGCCCGACCACGGCGUCCCCUGCUAUGCCACUGGCCUCCUGGGCUUCGUGCGCCAGGUCAAGUUCCUGAACCCCCCCGAGGCCGGGCCCAUCGUGGUCCACUGCAGUGCGGGAGCCGGAAGGACUGGCUGCUUCAUCGCCAUCGACACCAUGCUCGACAUGGCCGAGAACGAAGGGGUAGUGGACAUAUUCAACUGUGUGCGUGAGCUCCGGGCCCAGAGGGUCAACCUGGUGCAGACAGAAGAGCAGUAUGUGUUCGUGCAUGACGCCAUCCUGGAAGCAUGCCUCUGCGGCAACACAGCCAUCCCCGUGUGCGAGUUCCGCUCUCUCUACUACAACAUCAGCAGGCUGGACCCCCAGACCAACUCCAGCCAGAUCAAAGACGAAUUUCAGACCCUCAACAUCGUGACUCCCCGAGUCCGGCCCGAGGACUGCAGCAUCGGGCUCCUGCCCCGGAAUCACGAUAAGAACCGGAGCAUGGAUGUCCUUCCUCUAGACCGCUGCCUGCCCUUCCUUAUCUCGGUGGAUGGGGAACCCAGCAACUACGUCAAUGCCGCUCUGAUGGACAGCCACAAGCAGCCUGCUGCCUUCGUGGUCACCCAGCAUCCUCUACCCAACACCGUGGCGGACUUCUGGAGGCUGGUGUUCGACUACAACUGCUCCUCCGUGGUGAUGCUGAAUGAGAUGGACACUGCCCAGCUCUGUAUGCAGUACUGGCCUGAGAAGACCUCCGGGUGCUACGGGCCCAUCCAGGUGGAGUUCGUGUCCGCAGACAUCGACGAGGACAUCAUCCACAGAAUAUUCCGCAUCUGUAACAUGGCCCGGCCUCAGGAUGGGUAUCGUAUAGUCCAGCACCUCCAGUACAUCGGCUGGCCCGCCUACCGGGACACACCCCCCUCCAAGCGCUCUCUGCUCAAAGUGGUCCGACGGCUGGAGAAGUGGCAGGAGCAGUACGACGGGAGGGAGGGGCGCACCGUGGUCCACUGCCUAAAUGGGGGCGGCCGCAGUGGGACCUUCUGUGCCAUCUGCAGUGUGUGUGAAAUGAUCCAGCAGCAAAACAUCAUCGACGUGUUCCACAUUGUGAAAACGCUGCGUAACAACAAAUCCAACAUGGUGGAGACCCUGGAACAGUAUAAAUUUGUAUAUGAGGCGGCACUGGAAUAUUUAAGCUCCUUUUAG